AAGAGAGAGGAACCGGAAAAAGAAACAUUUUUGAAAAGUCCAACCGGAAGCGGAAGUACCACCCCUCAGUGACGAUCACAAAUGAAAGUUUCUGCCACCCGGGAAUAUUCAGGUGUUUUGACGCCCACGCACGUCGAGGAAGAUUGAGGAAGAGGAAGAUGACACGCUGGCGUCUACGUGCACUUGGUAGAACAAAAUGCAAGCUGCAAACUGAGUAGACCAUGACGUCACCGGUCGUCAGCGGCUGGGACUCUCCUAAGAUGUACGGAGGGGAUUGUCCACCUGGCACUGUGGAAGCAUGUGAAGAAGAAGACCCCUCACCCACACAGGCUUCCAAGAGCAAAGGAAUCUCCGAGCAAGACUUCUCCUGCCACUGCUGUUUCGAUGUCCUGGUGAAUCCCACCACCUUGACCUGCGGCCACAACUACUGCCGCCACUGUCUGGCCCUCUGGUGGGAGUCCUCUCGCAAAAACGAGUGCCCAGAGUGCCGCCAGAGAUGGGCGGGCUUUCCCAAAGUCAACAUACUGCUGAGAGAAGCAAGCGAUAAGCUCUUCAGCGAGGUUGUGCAACGGAGGCGAGCCGAGAUCCAAGACAACCCUAAAAUCUCCCGGAUUCUACUGGCUUUUGAGAGGUAUGGCGACAAUCUGGGCAAAUCAAGGACCAAGCAGCACAAACUAGCGGGCUUCAUCUCAGCAGUCGUUGCCAUGCUCUUGGGUGUGGCGGCGGCGUUGCUGUUGUAUCAGUGGAGCAACAGCCGUGAAGUGGAACAAGAGGACCUGUUAGUCCGUCAAUCGGUGUUGCCAUGGACGCCAGAGGAAAUGAUCCUCUGGCUGGAGAGCUUGGGCCCGGAAUCCUCCAGCAAGUUAUUUCAGCCGGACAGUUCCAAUAACAGAUUACAGACGUUGCUGGAGAAGAAGGAGUCCUUGAAGCCGCUUUACCACAUCCAGAAUCAGGCGUACCGACACGCCGUCCUGAAUGAACUGUACAGACUUCAAGCGCAUGAAGUCAGACCUCAAAACCUGUGGGAAUACAAGGCAGCCCAUUCAGGGAAGUCUCUGUUCCUGCUUUACGCCAUGAAGCGCUCCCCUCGUCUGACGCUUUUCUACUUAUACUUAUUUGACUAUUCGGAAAGUUUCCUGCCCUUCCUGAAAACCUGCUGCCCGUCCAUCGCGCUCACCAGUCAAUCGUUGGAGAGCCGGCCCUUCAACGCACAGACGGAACCCAACUGGCAACAGUGGAGUGAGUUCAUGGUCAAGUACUUUCUCCUCCCAUAUCAUCUGAUAGCAGAGUUUGCCUGGGACUGGUUGUCCGUCCACUAUUGGACCUCUUGCUUCGUCAUCGUUAAUGCCGUGCUGCUGUCCAUGUUGGAGUGCUGCUCGUUGUGGAGACUCUGCACCACGGCUAGAAUCAGGACACUUCCUGGUAUGAUGUGGAAUCACGUCUGGGCGAUGUUAUCCCAGGGACUGGCUUUUGGCCUCAUGUGGCCUCUGGUGCCCCAACUGGUCUGCAACUGCCUUUUCUACUGGGCCCUCUACAUCAACCCCCUGAUGAACAUUGAGCUAUUGGUGAGGCAACUUCGGCACCCGGCAACGGCGGCGCAUUAAUGCAGGCUGCGCACUGCUAAAUGCAGCAACGGCUGUUGGAUUAUCAUUUUUUUUAUUUUUUUUAGUAAUAGUACUUGCAGCCUGUUCAUUUGCUGCGUGAAGUUUUAGUUUAUCCGGAAAGUGUCUGCUGGAGUCGGACGAGAUGGACAUAAAACGAUGACGACAGAACUGUAUGUUGGUGACACGGACGAGCCUGAGAACACACCUUUCUUGAUUCGUAUGCCAAUGGUCAAGAUCAUCUUAAGUGUGCUCUAGUCAAAGUUGAUCUUGAAGAUGAGCAAAUGAGUUUA